AUGUGGGUGUUACUAGGAUCGCUUGUGACAGUUGUCUUUCUGAUUACUCCCAAGACAAAUGCAGAAAUUGUUGAUUGCGAUUUCUUUGACACUGUCGAUCUCUCGGCAGCUCGAAGGCUCUGGAAUGGUGCAUAUAUAUAUGAGGGCCUUCACAUUCCCGCCCAUUUGACGGGUGAAUAUAACUUUAAAAUUUUGCCAGACGGGACGAAGGAGAAGGUGGAAACCCACAUAAGGGGGUGUGCCUGCAAACUGAAACCCUGCGCCAGGGUUUGUUGCCCUCGAAACAACCAGAUACAGAACACCGUGUGCUACAUGGACCUUGAAAACUUUGACUGGCUUGACCCGUACUUAAGCGUGACUCUAAGCAAUGGGACAUUGGUCCGAAGGCAGCCUAAAACCGAUAUUAUCGUCCAGUGGGAUUUACCCUUGCAAUGUGACUACAUGAUCUACCUAAACAGCAAGGAGGAAUCUGAUCAGUACACUUUGUUCGAGAACGGAACCUUUGUUCAAGACCAUAAAUACAACAUGAUCCUUAAUAGGCCUCAGUACUGCCUCCAGCAUCUUCAGUUCAGGGACGAAAACACGAAAUACAUAAGUAAAAAGCCAGAGCCACUCAUCUGCUUGAUAUUGAUUUCUAAAACGUGGAAUAAUGCCGACUAUUAA